GGCAGCCGGAGCCGCACGUCUCGCGUGGCGCCCCCCGCCAGUCGGGCACCACAAAUGAGAGCUGCAUCCCCGGCGCCUGCUGCUCGGGCGCCUGUCCCAGCAGCGGCACCUCCUUCUGCUGUGGCUGCUCCUGCACCAAAGCAGCCUGGUCUGAUGGCACAGAUGGCUACAACCGCUGCUGGAGUUGCUGUAGGCUCUGCUGUAGGCCAUACCAUAGGUCAUGCGCUUACAGGAGGAUUUGGUGGAGGAAGCAGCUCUGAAGCUGCAAGGCCUGAUAUUACUUAUCAGGAGCCCCAGGCAGCUCAGCCUGCCUACCAGCAGCAGCAGUCACAAUUUGCUCCUUGCCAGUAUGAAAUGAAACAAUUCCUGGAGUGUGCGCAGAACCAGACUGACCUCAAGCUGUGCGAGGGCUUCAGCGAAGUACUGAAGCAAUGCAGGUUUGCUAAUGGUCUAGCCUAAGCCUUCAGAACAAGGUUGCUGAAGACCAUCUGACAAGAACUGACCUAUGAAUGGAAAAAAAAAGCUUCAGUAAUAAAGUCUAAAGCUGUCUGAUAUCUUGUUAGUUCAUAUAUUCACACUAUUGUCCUCCUCAUGGCUUGAUUCCUGCUAUAGCCGUUACAGAUGUGAUACAGCUUACAGCUGCAAAUUAAUUUAGCACAAAAUGG